UAACCCUUUAAAAAACGUUACACUUAAGAUCCCCAUUUCUCAUGUGAUUUGUCAAGUUUUCACACCAUUUCUCUAUCAAAGAAACUUAUAAAUAUUCACUCUUCUCCCUCACUCAACACAUUUUCAUAACUUCACUCUUUAUAUAAGUCCUUUUUUUGUGUAACCUAAUGUUCAUGGCUACACAAAGUUGUUCAAAAUGUGUCACGUUGGUGACACUAUUAGUAACCAUUUUUUUCAUCAAUCCAACUUCCUCAACAUCAAGAGGAUCCCUCAACCCUCACAAAAUAUCUCACCACGGCCUCCGAGUCGCUCUUCGCCACGUUGAUUCGGGCAAAAACUUGACGAAAUUCGAGCGAAUUCAACAUGGUAUCAACCGCGGACAUAGCCGACUACAAAGACUUAAUGCCAUGGUGUUAUCAUCAUCAACAACUACUCAUGAUUCUUCUCAGUUUGAAGCACCGGUUCAUGCAGGAAAUGGUGAAUAUCUAAUGGAAUUAUCCAUUGGAACGCCACCAGUUUCUUAUCCAGCAGUUCUAGACACAGGCAGUGACCUCAUUUGGACUCAAUGUAAGCCUUGUUCACAAUGUUACAAACAACCAACACCAAUCUUUGAUCCAAAAAAAUCCUCAACUUUCUCAAAACUCUCAUGUAGUAGCAACCUAUGCAACGCUUUACCUUCCUCUUCAUGUAACAAAAACGGUUGCAAUUAUGUUUAUUCAUAUGGUGACAACUCAAUAACACAAGGUGUUCUAGGUAGUGAAACAUUCACUUUUGGUGAUGAAAGCAACAAAAAGAACAAAGUUUCUGUUCAUAACAUUGGUUUUGGUUGUGGUGAAGACAAUGAAGGUGAAGGGUUUGAACAAGCUUCAGGGUUAGUUGGAUUAGGACGAGGUUCUUUAUCUUUGGUUUCUCAACUAAAAGAACAAAGAUUCUCGUACUGUUUAACCUCAAUGGAUGACACAAAAGAGAGUGUUCUUUUCUUAGGUUCUGUUGCAAAUGUUCAUGUCACAAAACAUGUCACAAUCACAACACCACUUAUUACAAAUCCAUUACAACCAUCUUUUUACUAUCUUUCACUCGAAGGAAUCUCGGUUGGUGAGACAAGAUUAUCCAUUGAGAAAUCAACUUUUGAGGUUAGUGAUGAUGGAAGUGGUGGCAUGAUUAUUGAUUCCGGCACAACGAUUACUUACAUUGAAGAAAAUGCUUUUGGUUCAUUGAAGAAAGAGUUUAUAUCUCAAACGAAUCUACCGGUUGAUGAAUCGGGUUCGACCGGAUUAGAUGUUUGUUUUAGUCUUCCAUCAGGGAAGACACAAGUUGAGAUUCCAAAACUGGUUUUUCAUUUUAAAGGUGGUGAUUUGGAAUUGGCGGGCGAAAAUUAUAUGAUUGGUGAUUCGAGUUUAGGUGUGGCUUGUUUAGCUAUGGGAGCUUCUAAUGGAAUGUCUAUCUUUGGUAAUGUUCAACAACAGAAUAUUUUGGUGAAUCAUGAUCUUGAGAAAGAGACUAUUUCUUUUGUUCCUACUCAGUGUAAUAAGUUGUGAUGAGUUUGUGUUAUAUGGUUAUUAUGGACUCAUCAAAAUCUAUUUGUUUCUUUGUUUGUUUUCUAUGUUGUUUUAGAACUAGUAUUGUUUUUAUGAUUGAAUUUGUUAGUUGGUUUAAUGAUAUGAUGGUUUUCACUUUUCAUUCUACAAAUCCAAGUAAAUAUUUAUCGAUCAUGUUGCAUUGCAUACAUUAGUGGAUGAUAGUGUUAUAGUAAAUUUUACCACCUUGGAAGGUAUAAUGUGUUUGUUCAA